CCCGCCGCGGGGGGCGGCGCGGCGCGGCCCCGGCGCGCAGAGGCAGCGCGGCCGCGGACCGGGGCGCACCAUGUGCGGAAUCUUUGCUUACCUGAACUACCAUGUUCCCCGGACAAGACGGGAGAUCCUGGAGACCCUUAUCAAAGGGCUCCAGCGGCUGGAGUACAGAGGAUACGAUUCUGCAGGUGUGGGAAUUGAUGGAGGAAAUGACAAAGACUGGGAAGCUAAUGCUUGUAAAAUCCAGCUCAUCAAACAGAAAGGGAAGGUGAAGGCUCUGGAUGAAGAGGUUCACAAGCAACAGGAUAUGGAUCUUGACAUUGAGUUUGAUGUACAUCUUGGAAUUGCACAUACCCGUUGGGCUACCCAUGGCGAGCCCAGUCCUAUCAACAGCCACCCGCAACGCUCAGAUAAGAACAACGAAUUCAUUGUUAUCCACAAUGGCAUUAUAACCAACUACAAAGACCUAAGAAAAUUUUUGGAAAGCAAAGGAUAUGAUUUUGAGUCUGAGACCGACACGGAAAGUAUUGCAAAGCUUGUCAAGUAUAUGUACGAUAAUCGUGAAAGUGAUGAUAUUAGUUUCACCACCCUGGUGGAGAGGGUUAUCCAGCAACUGGAAGGUGCUUUUGCCCUUGUGUUCAAAAGUGUUCAUUAUCCCGGUCAAGCAGUUGGUACCAGGCGAGGCAGCCCCCUGCUAAUCGGAGUGCGCAGUGAGCACAAGCUCUCCACUGACCACAUCCCAAUACUGUACAGGACUGGUAAAGACAAGAAGGGAAGUUGCAACCUGUCUCGUGUGGACAGUACCACCUGCCUUUUCCCUGUUGAGGAGAAAGCUGUGGAGUACUACUUUGCUUCUGAUGCUAGUGCUGUCAUUGAGCAUACCAACAGAGUGAUUUUCCUUGAAGAUGAUGAUGUAGCAGCUGUGGUUGAUGGCCGUCUUUCCAUCCACCGGAUUAAGCGCACGGCAGGCGAUCACCCCGGACGUGCCGUCCAAACUCUGCAGAUGGAACUGCAGCAGAUUAUGAAGGGUAACUUCAGCUCAUUUAUGCAGAAGGAAAUCUUUGAACAGCCAGAAUCUGUUGUUAAUACGAUGAGAGGAAGGGUCAAUUUUGAUGACUACACUGUAAAUCUCGGUGGGUUGAAGGAUCACAUUAAAGAGAUUCAGAGAUGUCGUCGCUUAAUCCUUAUUGCCUGUGGGACAAGUUACCAUGCUGGAGUUGCGACUCGACAGGUUCUGGAAGAACUGACUGAGUUGCCUGUUAUGGUUGAACUAGCCAGUGACUUCCUGGACAGAAACACUCCUGUCUUCAGAGAUGAUGUUUGCUUUUUCAUCAGCCAGUCAGGUGAGACAGCAGAUACUUUGAUGGGUCUGCGGUACUGUAAAGAGCGAGGAGCCUUAACUGUAGGAAUAACUAACACAGUUGGCAGCUCUAUAUCACGAGAGACUGAUUGUGGAGUCCAUAUCAAUGCAGGACCUGAGAUUGGGGUUGCCAGUACAAAGGCCUAUACCAGCCAGUUUGUUUCUUUGGUGAUGUUUGCGCUGAUGAUGUGUGAUGAUAGAAUUUCUAUGCAAGAAAGGCGCAAGGAAAUCAUGCGUGGUCUAAAGGGACUGCCAGAUUUGAUUAAGGAAGUGCUGAGUAUGGAUGACGAGAUCCAGAAGCUAGCAACGGAGCUAUACCAUCAGAAGUCUGUUCUCAUUAUGGGACGUGGCUACCAUUAUGCUACAUGUCUUGAGGGAGCUUUGAAAAUUAAAGAAAUUACCUACAUGCACUCUGAAGGGAUACUGGCAGGUGAGCUGAAGCAUGGUCCUCUUGCGCUGGUGGACAAACUCAUGCCUGUUAUCAUGAUCAUCAUGAGAGAUCACACAUACGCAAAGUGCCAGAAUGCUCUCCAACAGGUGAUUGCACGACAGGGGCGACCCGUAGUGAUUUGUGAUAAGGAAGACAUCGAGACAAUUAAGAACAAUAAGAGAACAAUCAAAGUUCCCCACUCAGUGGACUGUCUGCAGGGGAUCCUGAGUGUUAUCCCCCUUCAGCUUCUGGCUUUCCAUCUUGCAGUUCUCAGAGGAUACGACGUUGAUUUUCCAAGAAAUCUGGCCAAGUCCGUAACUGUAGAGUGAAAGAUCAUCUGAAUCAUAGGGGCAAAGGGGAAUUAAAAGAAAGACUUUUUUUCGUACCAAAAUAACUUGAUUUUAAAGUCCCCUAGGUAAAUCUUAUUUUGCUAAAUCAUUGUUUGUGUAUAAGAUCACCGUAAUUCCAUUAUAUUAGUGACUGUCAAAUUGAUUCCACGUGCUAUGUCAAUAGCUUUGGGCUUUUUGAACGUUAGACUUCCAUGAAAGGUGUUAAAUGGUUUUCUUUAAAGAUUUCUGAGUCUUCUAGGUAAGGGGCCCUCCGCUUUACUUUAAGAUAUUGUCACUGUUUCUUACUCAGUGUGGCUCAUUCCUGUUGUUGCUGAGAAACCAUUGAAUGAAUUACCUGUCAUGCUCUCAGGCAGUGAAGCAGGAUACCAGAACAUACAGCUGGAACAAAAGCUGUUGUUGGUCAUGCUUGUGCAGAUGCUUUAACAGUGAACAAAUUUGGAAGAAGAGUUUGGGUCAUUUCUGCCUCAUUUAUAAAAGGGAAUUCAACUGAUCUGUCCAACUUCCUAAAUCUUAGGCGCUUGGUAAAUGUGCUUAAACAGAAAAACAAAACAAGUCACAUCAAAAGGAUUUUGAUCUAUGCCAAAUACCUAGCAGCUGACAAUCUCAUAGACUCAGUGGGCCAAAAUGUGUUACGCAAAACCAGCACAUCUCUCUAGCUGUGCCCACGAAGACAGUGGAACUCGCUACUGCAAGUGUAAACGAAAGCAGCGUCUCGUGUGCGGUGUGGGUGCUUACCAAAGUGGGGGAAAAAGGAAUAUGAACAGUGCUCAGGUUUUGCUGUUUUUUCGUUUUAAACAAGUCACAUAUUCUGUGUUGACGGAUAAAAUUUUUCUCCCCUUUGAGCACUGUGGCAUUAUAAAAAAAAAAAAAAAAAAAAAAAACUCGGGAACAGACUUUGUAUUGCUGCAGAUCACUUACUGGUCUGAACUUGUACAAGAAUGUUUUGCCUUGUAUCUCACAGUGAGACAGCACUCAGCCUUCCUUUCUGGGACCAAGUCCCCUAACAACUGCACGAGUGGGUCUAGUUUACUCGAGCAGUUCGUACAGUGGCAGUGGCGUUACCUGACUUGUCGGCUUCAGCCAGUUUAUAGUCAUAGAGGGUGAAAGGUUCAGUAGCCAAGAGAGAAAAAAAUGCCGUGAGAAUAGCUUCGUACCAAGCUCGCGGAGGAGCAGACGUCACACGCAGAGCAUGCCUUCAAGAGCUAACACUUUUUCAGUCAUUAAAGGGCAGUUAGCUCUGUGUCUCCUAACGCCGAAGGGUGUAUUUCCUUCCAGCUUGUUGGGUUUUGAAUUAGUUUUACCUGGGAACUAAAAACACCGUAGUGCAAGGCAUAAAGCCAUACUUGGCAGAUAGUAGAGAAUACCCAAGGUCAGUUACUGCCCCUGAAGAAUUGCUUUAGCAAAUACAGUGUUCGGGGACUGUCCUCUAACAUUUCAGAAUUGCAGGACGCGAGACUAUCGCGAAGUUACAGUAGUCCAGGCCAACUCAUGCAAUGGAGGAUAAUUGCUCAAAGCGAGGUGGUUUCAAAGACUGUAUCUGUGGCAGUCCUGUAUAAACUGAAGUAACCUGUGUGACUUCGAUUCUAGAUCAGUUCCUGGCUUAGUUUAUGUUAAUGAGAAUAAAUUGCUGCAGGCCUAGAAAUAGCUUCUCAAACCAGUAUGUGUAUGUUUACUGAUACGUAGUAUCCAGACUGUUACUUUAUGAGGAGGUUGUGUUGCCAGUGUCUGAGAAGAAAGUAGUAAACAUCGCAUUUUUGUUUGUACCGCCUUUGCUUGUGAGAGGCUAAGUCCUUACGAGCCUCAGCGUAACCACGACAAGUAGACUUCUCUGCAUCACUCGAAGAGGACGCUUUUCUUUAAGAAAAACAAUGCCUGUUCAGUGCUAAAAAUUUGAAGACAGUCCCUCUUCCCUCUCCCCUCGGCUUGCUUAAGGGGAGGGAAACUGAACCUUUAACGUGGAGAGGGGGGACCCAAGGAAGGGUUGCACCCCCACACCCCCACCCACUCUGUAAGGACUUGCAGCCUCAUACCCUGCGUUCUUGUUAGCGUGGAAUCUAAUGUGAAUGAAUCCCGCAAGAAAAUGAUUUUAAGCUCUUUUUCCUGUUCCACUCGGAAGGAGAAGCAGCAAGCACUGCUCUUGCCCAGUCUUGUACGGAUGAUUGUCUGCUAGCUACCAAGUCCCCUAGCAAACAUGAUGGUAGACAGCACUGUUAAAAUACAAGCUACUAUACUGUAAAAGUUUGAUGAUGCAAACUGUUAAAUAUUUACAAAAAUGUUGUACUACAAAGAGGACCAAAGAAGAGGAUACUAAGUUAGAAAUGUAAGUCUGACACACUCAUGUGGAUGUAACUGUACAGGUAUUGUUGAGUUACUUGGUUUGAUGCUAUGAUAGACAAAUCCUUGUGUUUUGUAAUUUAAGGCAUUAAAACUCGUGACAAAUUCAUCGUUUGUCAGAAGUAAAGGUAUUCACCCCCUGCAUUCUGCAAGUUGCCAGCAAACUGCCUGAAGUGUACAAAACUCUGCUUGCCAAAAACAGUGGUUUAGUCGCUACUUGCAACUAGACUAUCGGAUGUUGCAAUGCUUAAUGUCAAAGAGUGCUGUGGAGCAUAGUUGUUAUGAAGAAGUUUUCUGAUGAGCAUGGUAGGGAAUCCUUGAAGCAUCUCCUCGUUGCUGUUAAUUGCCAUGCCUGUGUGAAGUGAGACUGUAUAAAGGACUCUCUCAGCUUCCUUACCUCAUUUUGUCUAGAUGUGUUGCAUUUUGAUGAACAGAUGAUGUUUCUCUUUUCGCUAGAGAACUUUUAGAGUGUCUUGUGAUAUUUAUUAACAGCCAGUCAGUCUUCUGCUCUCCAGAAUGAAUGUUUUGCUUACUGAGCCAGUAAAAUUUCCCUCCUUCCUAAUUGAGGUGUUUAGAAAUGCAGUAGCCCAGUCACUAAAAAUGAGCCACAGGUAAAUACAGGUACAAGCCUUUGCCAGGUGGAGUGGCAGUUGCCUAUUACUGUAUACAUUUAUCAGAAUUUAUUUGGAUUUGAGAAAUGUUUUCCUCAUCUAUAGCAGCUUGAAGCGAUGCAUAAGCCUAUAGGCCUUUAAGUGGGGGGGUUUUAUUUUUUCUCUUUUAAAUUACUAAAACCCAGGGACCUUCAGGCUCAGCUCACGUUGUUUCUGCCUAGCAGGUCUCAGUCAAAUUCCAAGCCUCUUACUAAGGUUAUUCCCCAAACAGUAGGAAUUUAAAUCAUACAUGGUAUAAAAUUUGUGACGGUCACAGAGUUCUUCCUUCCUUCCUCAUAGCUACACGAAAGAAAGGCCAGGAAUUUAUCAGGUGAAUAAAUACUGGUUGUGAAAGUAUUCUUACGAAGAGCCCCAGACAGUGUGUGGGUAAUGGUCUUUGUAAAACGCAACGGUGACAUAGCACGUGCGCUCUCUCUUCAGUGUGGUUUUAUUCACCUGAGAAUAAAGUACGGCUGACGUGGAGAUAACCUUCUAGCCCCAAAGCUGCCUUGGCAUCCUUUCCUGAAACCAAAGGGGAUGAGACUUGAAAAGAGCUCUGUUAGUGGAGGCGUCAACCAGACCGUUUCAGAGUCGGGCGGUAGGGUCUCCUGGAUAGGGCACAACGCGUAGUCGUGCUGAAUUAGGAGCCUUAAGACUGGCCCAGACAAACUAGGUUUGGUUAAGCUGCACAUUGAAACACCUAAAGGCAAAGGGAGCCCAACGCAUUAAUACCAGGUUAAGCCUUUCCCCUCUCCAGCUGUUAGUGGCCGUCCUUCACAGCACAAGCAGGUGCCUGUCAGCAACACGGGGGAUUUAAAUCAGGCCCUUCACGUAGUUUGUCAGUGUUUAGCUGUGGCUAAUUUUAGGUCCUUACCUGAAUGUACUGAACUUGCCUCAAAGCACGGAGUCCCUCCCCUGUCUGAGGAACAAGAAGAAGAAGAAAUAAAAAAAAGUACUUGGUUCAAAUAAAAGGAAAGAAAACUUUUUGCCUUCAAUUCAGUUUGUGUAAAUAGACAUUUGAAGUGGCAAAUAUCACCGUUUUCCUCUUCUGGACAUAUUUGCCUCUCUGCUUGUACAUGCCCAGCUGGCUUGGUUUGUGGGGACCAGUCUGUACCUUGUUUCCUGUUACGUGCUGUAUGCAGAAGAUGUCUUACUUUUGUCUGUAGUGUUUUAUAAUUUGGGUUUUGUCCUUUUGCUUACUUUUUUGUAUCUCACCCUUUGAAUAAAAUCAAGUGCCCUACAUUCAA